AUGACUGUGGCAACGACGCUCCUCUUCUCUCGCCCCAACACCAUCACCACCACUUCCACCAACUCUCACUCUCACUCCCCCCACGGCAAAUCUCUCAAGACAACCCAGUCUUCUCUCAAUUACACCUCAUCCACCAAACUAUCUAUUUCGAGAGACGCUGCCGCCAUGGAGCCCGACCACACAUCCUCCUCGCCACACCUCUCCCGGUCGACGUCAACAUCAACAACGUCCACAUCGUCGUCCAGAUCCAGGCCAUCGCUGAGCCUGGACAUGUCGAAACUGCCAGCCCUUCUCCAGCCCACAUCGCCCAGCAACACCCUGAUCAUCACCGAACUGCACAACCUCCUCCUCUUCCAGCCGGCGUCUCUGGCCGCCAUCCGCGAGGCCAUCACCUCGAUCGCCCAGCUCAACUCGUUCUCGCCGCUGCCCAGCUUCCGUCGCAUUGUCUGCUCGUUCCUCUCGACCGAGGAUGCUGUCAAGGUGCGCCAGUAUCUGGAGCGCUCGACCACCACCGUGUUUGACAAUUCUGGCGUGCGCGCCCGCAUCUACUUUGGCGAACGCACCCCCAUCGAAAACAGCGAGGAGGCGAAGCGCAAGAAGCUGCUCGAAGCUCCGCAGGCCCAGAAGCUCUUCUUCAUCAGCCCGCCGCCUAGCCCGCCGCACGGAUGGGUCAUGCGCAACGAAGAUCCGCCCAAUAAGGAAGUGCAUGCGAGCGACCUCGCGGAUGCGCUGGCCCGACUGGGCACGAGUGCGACUCAGAAUGAUAUGGGAAAUAAUAACAACAACGAUAACAACUAUAAUAAUGACCCUGUCUCGCCCGUCUCGGCGUCAUCGGAUAAAGAAGUUGCGCGAACGAGCUCGUGGCCGGCAGUGUCGGGAUCCGGCGGUGCAGGACGCAGUCGCUCGAGCACGCUGAUCUACCAUCCGAGCGAGCAUGGUGGGUCGCCCAAUCUGCCGGCUGUCAUGGUUGUAGAUACGUCGAUUGUGGACGAGGACGAGGACAUGAUGGAUCUGGAUGGAGAGCCCGGCCAGAAGAUUAUGGCGCAUACGGCUCGGCCGCCGGUUGAGUUGAUGCAGUAG